AUGCAGCUGGUCCAUCCGUAUCACGAACACUCGUGGCCUCCCGAAGACUUGCUUCGCGAGGAAUCCAUUGCAGUUCACCGGUCGUCUGUCCUUCUCAUUAUAUGGCCAGCACAUCGAUGGCAUUGGGGAUGUAUCCUGCUGGCUCGCAAAGACGAGACAUUUUUUCAUUCGUGUGUUGUGAAGUACGACGAGAUGUUAAGUGCGUUGGUUCUUUUUCAGAAGACAUCCAGCGUUCUGUGGGUUGUUCGAAGAGCUUUCGACGUAGCCAUGUCAGGCCACGUCUCUGCUACGUAA